CGACACGUCAGAUGACGCGGGAGUCGUCAUUUUUCCUCGAAUUCCGUCGGCGAGAGGUUGCAAGCUGACCCGUUUCGACCAGUAAUGAGCUGCUGAUUUGCUGAGCCUCCUUCGUUUUCGCGAGCCAGUCGCCACUCAGCAUUCGUUCGGCCCGUUUGCUAACAGGAUUCGUUCCGACUCCACCUGUAGAACCAGCCGAGAUGGCUUUUGUACCGGGCUCUGCGGCCCAGCCAGUCUCAGAAGUCGAGCUUUCCCUUGCUUGCAGAAAUUUAUCCUGCAAAGAUGUUCUCUCAAAAUCGGACCCGAUGGUUGUCACAUUCGUCAAGCCUUUUGGCGAGGAUCGCUGGAUCGAAGUUCACAGGACCGAGGUGAUAACCAACUCGCACGAUCCGGAUUUCGCCAAGAAAUGCACGAUGCAGUAUAAAUUCGAAGAACAGCAACAGCUCAAGUUCGAGGUUUACGAUGUGGAUUCGUCGAGCGCUCGACUCGAGGACCACGAUUUCCUCGGUUUUGCCACCUGCACUCUUGGACAGAUAAUUACUGGUGGAAAGUUGGAAAUGACAUUGAAACCGAGAGUAAAAGGUUCUGGAGAUCACAGACUUGGCUCGUUGAUAGCGUCCGUAGAAGAGCUCUCUUCUUCCAAAGAUGAAGUUCAUAUCAAGCUAAGCGGGCACAAUUUAGACAAGAAGGACUGGUUUGGCAAGUCGGAUCCAUUCCUGGAGAUAUUCAAAUCGACCGAGAGCGGCGCUUACUCAUUGGUCUACAGGACAGAGGUAAUCAAAGUGACUUUGAAUCCGUCUUGGAAAGAAUUCUGCCUCCCUGUUAGGAAUCUUUGCAACGGAGACUACGACAGGUCGAUAAAGUUUGUCUGCUACGACUGGAACCGUAGUGGCAAUCAUCAGCUCAUCGGCGAGUUUUAUACCACAUUGAAAGACCUCCUUGACCAAUCAACUCCAAGCAACUAUUUACUCAUCAAUCCAGACAAACAGGCGAAAAAACGAGAUGCAUACAAAGGGUCAGGUACUGUCUCGGUCGACAGUUGUGUUUUACGUCCGAUCUACAGCUUCUUGGAUUAUAUCCGAGGGGGUACGCAGAUCUUCUGCACCGUAGCGAUAGAUUUCACAGGUUCGAACGGAAACCCGAUGAGUCCUGAUUCGCUCCAUUAUAUAACAAGCGGGCAGUUGAACUGCUAUGAACAGGCCAUUAUGUCCGUUGUGACUAUAAUCGAGGAUUACGACUCCGAUAAGCAAUUCCCAGUUCUUGGCUUUGGCGCCAAGCUGCCUCCUGAUGGCAGGGUCGGGCAUGAAUUCUUCGUCAAUAUGAACCCGUCAAGCCCAUACUGUUCUGGUGUCCAAGGAGUCCUCGAAGCCUAUCGCUCCUGUAUUAGGUAUUUAUUUUCUAUUUACUAUUACUGUAAAAUCCUAAUUGCUUUUUUUAACAGGCAGAUACAACUUUACGGGCCCACCAACUUUGCACCAGUUAUAAAUCAUGUCGCCCAAUUUGCUCAGACUUUUACAGAUGGCUCUAGCUAUUUCAUCCUUCUGAUUCUCACUGAUGGCGUUAUUACAGAUAUGCCCCAGACAUGCCAGGCUAUUGUUAGAGCUUCAGCCCUUCCGAUGUCGAUAAUUAUUGUCGGUAUUGGAAAUGCAGAUUUCUCUGCCAUGGAGCAGUUGGAUGGCGAUACCGUCGCGCUCACUAGUGGUGGCAAGAGAGCACAGAGAGAUAUCGUCCAAUUCGUACCAUUUUCCAAGUUUGUUACUCAUGGCCGUCCAGGAUCAUCGAUGCGACACCUGCUCGCAAAAGAAGUCCUGGCCGAGAUUCCCACGCAGUUCACCUCUUAUAUGAAGUCUCGCGGGAUCGUUCCGAAGCCCCCGCAAUCUCACGUUUCAACGCUCCCGCCAGACCCUGAAGCGGCGUAUUCCUGAAUGUAGAACCGUUCAGGCUGUACGCUGAGACCGUUAACUAGUCAUGGAACUUUUGGUGUUUUAUGAGGGAAUCCAUUUACGGGCACUGCCAUGGAGUAUGAUCUGCCUGCAAGUAUGUAUCUCGCAUACUAAAUUUUGCAAUUACAAUUUCUAUCCGAUUGUAUGACUUUCUUCUAAAUGUGAUUUAAUUAUCUUGUGAUUCAAAUUUGAUAUUUAAUUUGUCUCUGCACUGCUUUUCUGUACAACAUUCCUUUUUUUUAAGUAAUCAUUCUAAUUGUCAGAAUUCCGUUUUAAACAUAACAAAUUAAUUCUGUUAAGGCUCAGUAUUAUAAGACGGCUCAGGGUAUAAACACACAAAAUAAUAUUUUAACUGUAAUGAAUUACGGAAUAGACAAUGAAAUAGGCAUAGCUUAGUAGAAUUCACAUUACUACAAUUCUUCCUAAGGGGAAAAAAAGACUGACAAUUUUAGUAAAUUUUUGCCAAAAUAUAGUUUUUUUGUACAUACAGAAAUACUAUAUAAAUUAUUACAAAACUGUAUUAAGUGCAGUCGCUCGGCCAAAUUUGUAACUUUCACACAAAGUUUAGAAUCUCAAUGUGAAAAAAAAAAUUAUCACAUUCAGUACGGCAGCGUUUUACGGCUUUUGUAGUCGAGAUGGGAUCCGCAUGACCUGCUCGGAAAAGUAGGAUGCUCAGGAGCACCCCCGGCCAGUUGGCACUAUUCCAUUUUAUGAGAAUCGAAUCCAUUUACAUUUUUACCUGUUUUCCACUUCUUUUUUUGUCCAUGUUGUAUUAAAAAAAAAAAAAAAAAAUGGUUGUUUCUAGUACCCUGAAACAAAGUUUGUAAUAGAAUGUAUAUUAGUCGGGUAAAAUAUAUGUACAAAUUGUAUGAUAUAUUUCGUUUACCGUCCUAUUUACAAUUUUUUUUGUAUAAAAUAUAUAAAAAAGUGAAAUAUAUAAAAAUACAAUAUAAAAAAAUUAAACGUAUAAUUUCAACAAUACGAUGUGCGAUUCGACUUCUGAAAAAUAUCGAAUAUUAAGAUUUUUAUUUUUUUCUCGUUCAUUUAUUACUAACAGAUUUGAAAUACAUACCAGGAAAAUAUUCAUAAUCGAUGUUAUUUUUUUGUCAAUAUAUUCCAGAUCGUCACUUUUUUGGUUUUAGAAUUAAAAAGAAUUUCCUUAUUUGUAAUGACUAUUUUAAAGUAUUUGGCUUUUUUUUUGGAGCCAGACAGCCAGGGGGUUGGCGAUAUUUAGUAGACAUACCUAAAUAGCAACAAAAUAUAAAGUAUUUAGAAUACUAAUAAAUAUAGUCUUAAAGAUUACAAAAAGCCUAACAUACCUGGACAAAAUUAGGAACUUCUAAAAUCCUAAAAAAUCCGUAAUCCAAAAAAAAAAAAAAAAAAAAUCAAAUUUCUCAAUAAUAAUUUAACUGUAAGAAAUAAAUUCUGAUAAAUCAAUUUGAAGAAAUAAAUGCUCGAAAACAUCAAUAAAAACUUAUAAUUACGUCUUCAAUACAGAGUUUGCAGAAUUUUGGGACAAAAAGGAAAACAAUAAAAAACAAGGAGUUGGGCGAAAUGCACUAUAGGAUAGAUUGGUUCAAAUUGAUGCAGGUAGAAUGUUUCCUCACAAAGUUUACUCAAAUUGUCAAAGGAAAAUGAAGUGUCUAGGUUGAGAGCAUUUCAUUAGCCAAUUGGAUUUUAACUUAGGAUGCGCUUGAGCGUCUUCCGUAUUGAAUGUGUUAAAAAAGGGGUGGUCUUUUCUUUUAAUUUUUAUGCAAAAAAGGGUUGAGGUGAAAAAUUAGUUUCUCAACCUUCUUUACAAAAAUUUAAAUAAAACUGUUUAAGAUAACUAAUUAAAAAUAAUCUUUUCUUGUAGCACGUUGACUGUGUUUAUUUUACAUCUACUCUGUGAAAAUUGAUACAUGCCUAAGACAGUCUCAUUGUGUUGCAAGCUGUCACAACUAUUUUAACAUAGAAAACAUGUAAAAUUUGUAACAUUAGUUAAUAAUGAUCCGCAGCUAUAUAACAAAAGAAAUGGAUUCUACCUGGGUAUCGUCAAUAUUUCAGUGCAUACUGUUUUUACAAAAUAACAUUGCAAAAUAAUAAUUUCAUUUUAUAAUAAGCUGUUUUAUUUUUGUAUGAUCGACAUGCAGGAUGUGUAAGGAUUUUUGGGUGGCAUGUGCAUACCAGCACUUUGUGGGCCGUGAUUCACCUCACUCUAAGGGGUGUUGUGUAGGCAGACUCAAAGGGAUGUAAUUGUGUAUAGAAGGGAGGUGGGUAGUUAGCCGAAAUAGCACAACACCUUUUUGGCUUUUGAUUAUGAGUCAAGAUUAUCAUGGAACAGAGUGUGGUACAUUUCUACCCCGAGCCUAACCUAAGCACUUAUGUUGAGGGGCGCCCCGUUGAAAGUAAGUUGUUCCCCUGUAGAGCAAGCCCUUUCAUCCAAUCGAUGAUGUCUUGAGGAAACUCCUGCUUUGUAGUGCUGUAUUGGCAAAGAGUGCAAAGUUGAGUAGAGACUUGUCCUGACUGUACUGUCCAUGGCCGUGAGGGAUGUAUCGUCUAAUUUGUGGAGUAUAUUGAGUGGGGUAGAUGUUGAUGGGCUAUAAUACUAUUAGUGUCUACCACGGGGUAGAUUUAAGCAUGGUAGUGAGGCAUAUGUGGU